AUGGAUGGGCAUGUACGACUGGACAUAGCAAUCGACUCUCAGUCCUCGCAUUAUCUUUUUGCCGCGGGUUAUGCCAUUCUUAUUUAUGACUAUCUUCUCACUCUCACCGAUGGUGGGUGUAUUGCUCAUGAGUGCAUCUAUCUCUAUGCUGAUAUCAUAUUACCCCUAGAGAUAACAUAUAUAUGGCCAUUUGGACUAUCACUACCUACAUCUCUAUUUCUUAUCGUCCGUUACCUGCCAUUUCCAUGGGCGGCAUUAGGCAUCUACCACAUGUCUCAUGAAACGGGAAUCGUGCUACUUGCACAAGCCUUGACGUACAUAGCAGCGACAUGGCUACUCACUAUCCGAGUACUAGUACUCUACCCGGGCCGAGCAUGGCUCCGUUACUUUGUCUAUUGUUCCUUGAUUGGAACGCACAUCGUCACGAUUGUUAUCGGAGCCUUGUCAUUCGUGCGAAUAUGGCCUGCUCUCAGUACCAAUUUUUGCUAUUCUGGACGGUCGCAACAGUUACUAGGGGUCGCACUUUUAGCUCUGGUUCCUCUGGAGACGCUCUUGGUCGUCCUUCAGCUCCAUCAUAACAUACUCCUACGCAAAGCCUGUAGGCAGGCUGCAGAGAUUGCCACCAAUCUCCCAAUGCCGUACAUCGUUUUACCCUUGGUCGCAUCUGGAGAAUGGGCAGGGGGACGACGUAUGCGCUCGCUCUCGCUAUUACAUGCCAUCUAUAUGAGUGGCUCCAGUUACUUUGUCAUCAUUCUCUCCGUGCGACUCAUUACCGGCACAAUCGCAAGUUACCAGUCUGUCGCCAUCUCCAUUACGCUGACUGGAAUCACCUAG